ACAGUGCACAUGAUGAUUUGAGUAGAUAGCUGACUGGAUAAAGUAACAGAACAUUUAUUUCAACUCCUCCUCCUCUUCCGCCUCGUGGAAUUCGCCUACCACCACACGCUCCACCAAACACCAACCAACCGAACCCUCUCUUCCUCUUACAAGACACAACCUUGCUGUUGUUUGAUCAUCUUUGAAUUGUUGAAAUGGCAAGAAAGAAGAUAAGAGAGUAUGAUUCCAAGAGACUCCUGAAAGAGCACUUGAAACGUCUCUCUGGUAUUGAUCUCCUGAUCCGCUCUGCUCAGGUGACACAAGGUACAGAUUUCACGGAGUUAACGAACCAGGAGCCAUGGAUUUCAUCUACAAAAUUGGUUGUGAAGCCCGACAUGCUAUUCGGAAAGCGUGGGAAGAGUGGUUUGGUAGCUUUGAAUUUAGAUCUAGCUCAAGUUGCUGACUUUGUGAAGGCACGCCUUGGCGUUGAGGUUGAAAUGGGUGGCUGUAAGGCACCAAUAACUACCUUUAUAGUCGAACCAUUUGUUCCACAUGACCAAGAAUUUUACUUUUCAAUUGUCUCUGAGAGGCUUGGCUGCACCAUUAGCUUUUCAGAAUGUGGAGGUAUUGAAAUUGAGGAGAACUGGGAUAAGGUUAAGACCAUAUUCCUCCCUACUGAAAAGCCAAUGACACUGGAAGCAUGUGCUCCUUUGAUUGCUACACUUCCUCUGGAGAUUCGAGGAAAAAUUGGUGAUUUCAUCAUCGGUGUCUUUUCUGUGUUUCAAGAUCUGGACUUCAGUUUUCUAGAGAUGAAUCCAUUUACACUGGUGAAUGGGGAGCCAUAUCCACUGGAUAUGAGAGGAGAGCUGGACGACACUGCUGCUUUUAAGAACUUCAAGAAGUGGGGUAACAUAGAGUUUCCUCUGCCUUUUGGAAGAGUUCUGAGUUCUACUGAAAGCUUCAUCCACUCACUGGAUGAAAAGACAAGCGCAUCUUUGAAAUUCACUGUUUUGAACCAAAAAGGAAGAAUCUGGACGAUGGUAGCUGGAGGUGGUGCCAGUGUCAUAUAUGCUGAUACUGUUGGAGAUUUGGGCUAUGCAUCAGAGCUUGGAAACUAUGCAGAGUAUAGUGGAGCUCCAAAUGAGGAGGAGGUCUUGCAAUAUGCAAGAGUUGUCAUUGAUUGUGCUACUGCUGAUCCUGAUGGUCGCAAAAGAGCCCUUCUCAUUGGAGGAGGCAUUGCUAACUUCACUGAUGUUGCUGCUACUUUCAAUGGUAUCAUACGAGCAUUGAGGGAGAAGGAAUCCAAGUUAAAGGCAGCAAGAAUGCACCUCUAUGUCAGAAGAGGUGGUCCAAACUAUCAGACUGGUUUGGCCAAGAUGCGUGCUCUGGGAGAGGAAUUGGGAGUACCUCUUGAGGUUUAUGGGCCCGAGGCCACAAUGACAAGCAUCUGCAAGCAAGCCAUUGAUUGCAUCAUGUCUACGGCGUAGUCUCACAACUCGUUUUUCUCCUUUGUCAGCGUGAAUCAAGAAAAUGUCUGUGGCAAGGUGUGCUGAGAAAAUAAUUUUGUGUAGAAGGCGCAAGCUGGAUUAUUGCAGACUUAGCAUCAAUUUUUCCCUUAUGAUAAAUAAUCUUGAAUCAAUGUUUUGAAAUAUGCAUGACACGAUUUAAACUUUUUAUAAUUGCAUGUUAUCAAUUUAUUGUUCGAGUGAGUCACUUUUGUUAUUUUCCUAUGAAAUUCCCAAGCCACAUCUCUUCAUGCUAUCAGAUCUUAUAUUUAUUGAA